CACUCUGUUUUCACGUCCCCAUAGCAACAUGAUCUGUGAGGACACUUUUCUAAGGCUUCAGAUUUAACUUGAGCAGUAAGUUUCUACGUGAUAUCCAACUGAACCAUGGGGAACUUGUACCGAGGAUCUAAUAAAAAUAAGAUUCUGGGUUGUACGGUUUCACCUUCAAUACCAACGAAAUACCAAAGAGUGGUGAUAACAAAUAAAGAAAAGAGGGGGUUUUCAUCUCAAGCUAAAAGAUUCCCUUCACAAGUCUGUCAGAGUGAAAAUCCAGGACCAGGCAGCUAUGACUUUAUCUCCAGCGCUGAAGUCAAUCACCCUUCCUUCUCAAAGAAAGGCACCACCGGCUUUGUUGCAUCCAAGGCUACCAGGGUUUCCGAUAACCCACAGAGAGGCGUCCCGGGACCAAACACGUACAACCUGUCGAGCUCCCUGAUAGACAGGUACGACUUCAACAUCGGAGCCUCCAGGGUGUUCAGGUUGCCUGUGGCUGUGCAGCCGGACGGUCCGAAGCACAAAACUCCAGCGCCGAAUCAAUAUGAUGUCAGCUGUGGAAGCAGAGAGAGAUUCUCCCCGGUGGUCGGUACAUCAACCUUCCUGUCAAAAACUGGACGUGACACUUUUUACCGAAACAGAAACGCGCCAUCGCCAUGCCACUAUGAAGUGAAUGACAACACAAUCCAGCACGGCUCCAAGGCAGUCCUGUCCCCCUUCAAAUCAAAAACUCAGAGAAUCCCUGACCCAGUGGACAACCGUGUGCCAGGACCAGGAGCCUACAAUCCCCAUCAGACCCCUGCACCGGUGAAGAGGACCAUCCUGCCGAGGGGACAUUAUUUGGCAAUAUCUGCGCCACCUCUGAUUGUUCCUAAGGACCCUCCCUUGCCGGGCCCCGGGCAGUACGACAUAGGGAAUUAUAACGGCCCGUCCAAGCGUCCAAUGCCCACUGCUGCGUUUGCAUCCAGAACCGAAAGAGUACCUCCAAAUAUUUCAGUUGCUCAUGUGAACUUUCUCUCUCUCUUUCCAGGUUUCUACGAUCCACUAAUUUUGCCAAAGCAGUCCUUCUUUUACAACGACUCCAGAGUCUGGAUUCCUGUUUGAAGCUUUCAAGGAAAACUGCACUGCAGAUAUGUACAUUUUUAACACACCUGACCUGUGUUUAUCUCUAUCAAAAUGCCUCUACGUAAUGUCUUUGUGUUGAAAUGUGCAUGGGCCCAUGUAUCUGACAUUUCUUAAAUCAGAAUUUGUUCACAAAAAAAGAUAAACAAUUAAAUGUUUUGCAAUCAUUUAGUCUCUAUUUCUGUGAUUAAGUAGGUCAGUGAGAUCUAAGAGUGUUGAGAUAUUUUAAAAGAUGAAUCACACUCGGUGUUCAUCCAUAACUGUGAUGUAAGGGAAUGCCAAAAACUCCUGAAAAUCCAUAUGUUUCAUCCUCACCCCAGUUUCCUGAUGCUCUAAGCUGUAGAUGAUAAAGCAGUAAAUGUUGCUGCAGCCCUCAACAGCUGCCGGUCCAGUCAGUGGUAACGCCACAGUAACAGCUGAGAGCUUGAGAUGACACCACUGUGCCAACUGCUAGAGGGCAGACAGAGGGGUGGAGUGCGGCUCUGUAUGUGAGCAAUGUGACUGACUGGGCAUGAGGCAGGGAUGGUCAAAUGGACUCAUCAGUCACUCCCUUUAUCAGAUGUUAUAUAUUGUUGCAACUGUGGCUACAACACUUUUCUUUCUGUUUUAAAGCAACAGUUUGAAACAGAGUAGGGUAGUGAAAGGUUUCGCUCGUAUUGACACACCUAGAGAGAAUAAUCACCUGAAUCUGCAGCUCCCCUCGGCUUUUACAGAGUUUUAUAGUGAGUUUCAGCUCAUUGUUUAUAUGUCCAGACCACAACUCUACUUAAAAACACACUGUACCUGAGCUGCUGAGCACCAACCAGCAGACAGACUGGUGAAUGUAGUGGAGUAUUUAACUGCUAAAGAACAAGAUAUUUCCCUCAGGAGUGGGUGAAGACCAAAAACAGAGCUAAAAGAGAGUGAAUACAUUCAUCAGGUGGCCAGAAACACGACUUCAAAUGAAUGAUUAUGUUGCUCUGUAACGUCUGGAUGUGAAAUGAAUGUGAUCACAACUUAUUUCUGCCACAAAGUGUCCAAAACAUAUACGUAAUGCAUGUUUAAAGUUCAUAAAAUCAAAGUUUGGUACUGUUUAUGGUCAGCAUCUUAUCAGCAAUGCAUUUACACAGUGUAUAAAUUAUGUCUCUAUAUAGUGGUUUUCAUUGUUAGUGGCAGGGUCCGCCAUUGCCCAGUGGGUUUCAGAUUGCCUUCAUACGAAUGAAGGAUUCACAGGGGAGCUGUUGUAGUGUGAAAUCCAGCAGUACUGUUUGUAAUUAUAUCUCAUUGAUAUCAGCCUCACUGUUUAUUGUUCACUCUCCUGACAAAGUAUUUAAAUCUGUAUGAAGUUUCUGCCAAUGCAAACUGAAGGCUGCAGCCAGCAGCCAGUUAGCUUAGCUAAGCUUAUAUAAAGAAACAAGGGGAAACAGUUUCACUUGGCUGUUCCAUCAGUUACAAAAGCCACUGAUCAGAACCUC